GAAGCUUCCGAAUAUGUAAGCACAUCCUUUUCGUAAAUGACCACGAUGGCGAAUUUUCCACGGGCCCGAGCGGCAGGCACUGCUAUGUCUGCACAACGUUGAUUCCUGCGACAACAUGAAGACAGUGCCGAAAGUUAGCGGUGAUUGCAGGGUGCCGCCGGCGUUUUGUCGCGAUUCCUAGGUGCAGCAUCUAAUGCGGGACGCCUGUGACGUGAUCACUGCGCCGAAGCGCGCCUGGUGGGAAAACGUCCCCGGCGAUGUGUGCCGUGCUACUGGUGAGGAGUGAUGCGUCUGCGUGGUGCUCCCAAGCGAGAUAGAGGACGAUCUCAUCGACACGUCAGCCCCACGAUCGCGUCGGCCUUCAUGGCACGUCGCGGCCCGGCUGUCCGUGCCGAUCACGACGUUUGGCUCGCGUAGAUCGUUUCUCCCUCCCAGACACCGAGUUCUUUGGAAUGCUGUGUCGCCGACGACGGUGCAUGGUCCCUACAAGCAUGUUACAGCACACGUCCAAUCGUGAUGUGGUCAUACUGCUCGUUGCUCUCAGCCUAUCACAAUUGAGCGGCGUCUGGGCCCGAGCAGUGUCCGAGGAAGUCGAAGGAGACUACACCGCCGUUACCCUAGCGGACGUCCAGCGAUUGGGAGAGGCCAAUCUGGACAAUGCCACAAGAAGCUACAUCACCAGUGGAGCGGGCCAGCAACAAACUCUCAGGGAGAACACCGCGGCGUUCACGAGGCUUCGUUUCAGGCCCAAGGUCCUUGUGGACGUGUCGAAGGUCAACACUGCUACUACCGUGUUAGGUCGCAGAAUAUCUUUCCCUGUCGGCUUCUCCCCUUCAGCUGCUCACAAGAUUGCAGAUCGACUCGGAGAGUUGGGCACUGCAAGAGCGGCCAGGGACGCGGGAACGCUGAUGAUCGUGAGCGCCAUGAGCACCACGUCGUUGGAAGACAUCAGAGCCAGCGUGCCUGACGGCCUGCUAUGGCUACAGACUUACAUCUUCUCCAACCGCUCCCUGACCGAGUCCCUGGUCAGGAGGGCCGAACGCCAGGGCUUUGCCGCCGUCGUUGUCACUGCGGACUCGCCUGUCACUGGACAGGCCGCAAGCCUCGGCAUGAACAAGUUUGUCCUUCCGGAAGGCCUAAGCUUCGCCAAUCUGGAAGCCUCAUGGCCAGGAAAGUCAUUCACGUUCGACCCUUCAAGCGAGCAUUUCGUUGGUAACCUAUUAUCACCUUCUGCGACGUGGGACGACUUGCGCUGGUUGCGGAGCAUCUCGACUCUACCCAUUGUUGUCAAGGGUGUCUUGACGGCUGGAGAGGCGCUGAUGGCUUACCAAAACGGUGCGUCGGCAAUUAUGGUCUCAAACCACGGAGCGCGGCAGCUGGAUGGAGACCCUGCGACAAUUGAGGCGUUGCCGGAGGUGGUUGCAGCUGUGGGUGACCGGAUGGAGGUUUACUUAGACAGUGGUGUGCGUUCGGGAGCCGACGCUGUGAAGGCACUGAGCAUCGGUGCCCGUGCGGUUUUCGUCGGAAGGCCGGUACUUUGGGGACUCGCUUACAAGGGAAAAGAAGGUGUCGACAAGGUUCUGGAUAUUCUCUGGAGUGAAUUCAAUCGUACUAUUCAACUGCUAGGUGUUCCUGAUGCCAAGAACUUAUGCACUGACUUCGUCGUUCGUGAGCAGUACUACUCCCAGGCACUCCCCAGAAACUGCGCACCGAAACAUCCAUGGGGCGACUGGGUUCCGUACAAGGUUGACGUGUAGCGUUUGGUGUGAAUGAUAGAGCGUGCCAUAAUGCAUACAUACAACUUCUCUUCACACAUUUUCAACAUUUUCACUACUGGCGAAACAAUAAAAGUUAUUUGCCUUGGUA